GCCCCAAAAUCGCCACCUUGUCUCGUCCGACUCGUAAAACAUUCCCCGAUGGCCGCGUGGCGGUGCCCAGCCUUGGCUUCUCCUGCCCUGGGGGCCGGCUGUCUCGUGCCCCUGUUGUUGGCGAUGGUGACGACAACUGUUUGGGCGGCGGAAGGAACCGAGGCAGGAGAUCCCUCGGACUCCAGGAACUCAUCGUGUCGAGGCUCCUUCGAGUGCAACAGGGGGAUCAUCCUCCCCAUAUGGUACCCCCAGAACCCAUCCUUUGGGGACAAAGUCGCCCGGGCCAUUGUCUACUUUGUUGCCCUCUUGUACUUGUUCCUGGGCGUCUCGAUCAUCGCUGACCGUUUCAUGGCUUCCAUAGAAGUCAUCACCUCGCAGGAGAAGGAGAUCACCAUCACCAAACCCAACGGCGAGACCACAGUGGCCACCGUCAGGAUCUGGAACGAGACCGUCUCCAACCUGACCCUCAUGGCCCUGGGCUCCUCGGCCCCCGAGAUCCUGCUGUCGGUCAUCGAGGUGGUGGGGCACGGCUUCAAGGCGGGGCAGCUGGGCCCCGGCACCAUCGUGGGCAGCGCGGCCUUCAACAUGUUCGUGAUCAUCGCUGUCUGCGUCUACAUCAUCCCUGACGGGGAGGUGCGGAGGAUCAAGCACCUGCGGGUGUUCUUCGUUACUGCCUCGUGGAGCAUUUUCGCCUACAUCUGGCUCUACCUGAUCCUGGCCGUGUUCUCUCCUGGGGUGGUCAAGGUCUGGGAAGGGUUGUCCACCCUCAUGUUCUUCCCGGUCUGCGUGGUCUUCGCCUGGAUCGCCGACAAGCGGCUGUUCUUCUACAAGUACUACGUUUACCGCAGAUACCGGGUGGACAGCAGGAGCGGGGUCAUCUUGGGCACCGAGGGAGAGCUGCCCAAAGGGAUCGAGAUGGACGGGAAAGCCACCCAAGAUCAAGAGGACCACGUUCUUGCCGAUGGGACCGUGGUCAGCCUUGAAGGCAAGGACCUGGACGAGAGCCGCAAGGAAGCCAUCCAGAUCCUCAAGGACCUCAAGCAGAAAUAUCCCAACCGGGAACUGGAGCAGCUGGUGGAAAUGGCCAAUUACUGCGCCCUCCUUCACCAGCAGAAGAGCCGGGCCUUUUACCGCAUCCAGGCCACACGCAUGAUGAUCGGGGCGGGCAACAUCCUGCGGAAACACGCUUGCGAUCACGCCAAGAAGACCAACCCGCUGGAGGUCAAGCUCGACCCGACCCAGGAGCUGACCAGCAAGAUCUACUUCGAGCCGUGCUCAUACCAGUGCGUGGAGAACUGCGGGUUUGUGUCCCUCACCGUGGUCUGCAAGGGCGGGGAGCAGAACAGCACGUUCUACGUGGACUUCAGGACAGAAGACGGCUCUGCCAACGGCGGCUCGGACUACGAGUACAGCGAGGGGACCCUCAUCUUCAAGCCGGGGGAAACCAGCAAAGAAAUCAAGGUAGGCAUCAUCGAUGACGACAUCUUCGAGGAGGACGAGCAUUUCUUCGUGCGACUGGGCAACCUCCGGAUUGGCGACGCGGAAGGAAUGUUCGACUCGGAGACCACGACCUACCCCAAAGGCCAACUGGUUCCCCCUCAAGUGGCCACGGUGACCAUCUUAGACGACGACCACGCUGGGAUCUUCACCUUCGAUGAGAAGAUCGUCCGGGUCAGCGAGAGCAUCGGGGUGAUGGAGGCCAAGGUACUGAGGACCUCGGGGGCCAGAGGCACCGUCAUCGUCCCCUACAGGACCGUCGACGGAACGGCGAAGGGAGAGGGCGUGGACUAUGAGGAUGGCCACGGAGAGCUCGAGUUUCUCAACGACGAGACGGUGAAAUAUAUCCGGGUGAAUAUAGUUGACGACGAAGAGUAUGAAAAGCAGGAGAAUUUCUACAUCGUUCUGGAGAAACCGAAGUGGUUGAAACGUGGAAUUUCAGCUCUCUUGCUGGUUGACGAUGGAGCCGACAAUAACCUGACGAAGGAUGCGAGCCGCAUCGCCGAGAUGGGGAAGCCCGUUCUGGGAGAGCAUUCCAAACUCGAGGUCAUCAUUGAGGAGUCCUACGAAUUCAAGAGUACGGUGGACAAACUGGUGAAGAAGACCAACCUGGCGCUGGUGAUCGGGACUCACUCGUGGUGGGAGCAGUUCACGGCUGCGGUCACCGUCAGUGCCGGCAACGAUGACGAUGAGGACGAGGCCCACGAGGAGAGGCUGCCCUCUUGCUUCGACUACGUCAUGCACUUCCUGACGGUGUUCUGGAAGGUCCUCUUCGCCGUGGUGCCCCCCACGGAGUACUGGCAUGGCUGGGCCUGCUUCUGCGUCUGCAUCCUCGUGAUCGGGAUCCUCACGGCUUUCAUCGGGGACCUGGCCUCGCACUUCGGCUGCACCGUCGGCCUGAAGGACACAGUGACCGCUGUGGUCUUCGUGGCUCUCGGCACCUCAGUCCCGGAUACCUUCGCCAGUAAGGUGGCGGCUCAGCACGACCAGUACGCGGACGCCUCGAUCGGCAACGUGACGGGCAGCAACGCUGUCAACGUGUUCCUGGGCAUCGGGGUGGCCUGGUCGGUGGCAGCCGUCUACUGGGCCGUGCAGGGCAAGGAGUUCAAGGUGGAGCCCGGCUCGCUGGCCUUCUCCGUCACCCUCUUCACCAUCUUCGCUUUCAUCAGCGUCAGCGUCCUCCUGUACCGGCGGAGGCCUCACAUAGGCGGAGAGCUUGGCGGGCCGCGGUGCUACAAAAUCCUGACCAGCGUCUUCUUGUUCAGCCUUUGGUUGCUGUACGUCCUCUUCUCGGCCCUGGAAACCUACUGCCAGAUAAAGGGUUUCUGAGGCUCAGGGGUCCCGUACGUUACGUCAGGCCAGGCCAGGCCAGGCCAGGCCAGGCCAGGCCAAGGGCAGACUCUCUCUCUCUCUCUCUCUCUCUCACCCCCAACCGCCGAAGACACUUAACAGUGAGACACAUUCCAAUCUCGGAGGACAGGCUCCCAGACUUUGUCUUGUCCUCUUUUAUCGGCAAAAAAAAACGCGCGCGCGCGCACACAAUGAGAUGCUGGCGGAGUUGUCCUUUGAGCUACCUGGCCUCGGUGGGGUGGUGGUGGUGGUGGUGGGGGGGGAAUGGGGGAGGGGGUCCUGCUGUCGACUUUGUGACGAUCUUCGCGAAGCCAACAUUUGCUUUCGUUUUUUUGUUUUCUUUUUGAACUUCCGACGGAUUCAGACUCUUUUCGGUCGGUUGGUCGGUCGAUGCCCCCCGGCUUGACGUACCCGCUGGGUCACGGACACCAAGGAAGAGAGAGCCAUUGUAAAGAUAUCUCAACCAUGUUUCAGUGAAUGUUUUCCCCAGACGCCUUGGAACGGUUCGCUUGAGUUUCACCGGACUCGCUCCGGACCCCUCUUUUGUCAAGUCGCUACGACUCAUCUCACUAAAUAAGCACAAUGUUCCUGCAGGUGUACGUUUCUCUCAGAUCUAGGAGGAGGUAAUAAUAAUAAUAAUUAUUAUCAUUGUUAUUAUUAUUAUUAAGGUAAAUCAUGCCAAGCGGCAGUCAGUUGACGUGGGCAAGUUUCAUACGUGUUAUCAUGGAGGUGUGUGUCUGUCUUAUUAAAGAUGUUUAAAGGUG